AUGAUGUGCUUCAACAACAACAAUAACUACAACUCGUUAACACAUAACAAUAAAUCACAGCGGGCAAGCUACAUCACACCAGAAAAUCUCAAAACUGAGCUUAAGCAGUUUUCAAUCUAUCUUAGGCGCGAUUUUCUCUGUGUACUAGUUAAACUCGCCUCACGUCAAUUCGGUAUACAUCUAAAUCGGACUGAUUGGCGUACAAGAACCGGUAUGCUAAGUUUCAUACAGCGAAAUUGGGAGCAAAUCUCUAUUGCGCUUAGAGAUCCUUCCAAUUUCAUCGGAUGGUAUGCAAUCAACUUCGAGUUCAACGAGAGAAUUCUCAGCGACAAGAAGUUCACUUUGUAUUUAUCAUCCAUUUGGGACAAAUACUGCGAUUUUUUCAACAACCACGAAACAAAUUGCUUUAUGCGUUCCAAUUCAAAUGAGAUCGUUAAUGCAAUCUCAAAAAACGAAAAUGUUGACGGCUACUCAUUUGUCAAUACUAAGAUUGGCCAGACACUUGCUGAAAUAAUCAAAAAGUUCAAAAAUGUCAAUGAAUUUCAUGGACCUUCGAUUAUUCCACCGCCAAUUCCUAGUCAAAUCCAUUCUGUCCCAGAACAACUUCCAAAUGUACCAUCCAUUCAAGAUACAUUCAUCAAUGAUUCAUCUGAAUUGGAUAUGGCAGAAAGAAUGUUCCGGGAUAACGAAGAUUACAGCGUUUUCGAAACAUUUCAAUACGCUGAAGAAAUUAUCUUCUAA